GUGCUCUGUGUGGUCGCACAGUGUGUGGUUGUGACGGUGCUUUAAACGUAUUAUUUGUCAUGAUUUCUCCCCACAGAAUGUAACAAGGCAGCGGGCAUGGAGGAGCUGGGCAGCUACCUGUCGCACGGCGGCACGGCCGGCUGCAUGGCCUACGCCGAGUCGCUGUCGCCGCACGUCAGCAGUCCCGACUCGCGCUGCAUCCUCUGCGACUCGUACAUCACCAGCUCGACCGAGCCGCCCACCGGCGUCGACAUCAACGGCUUCCGGCUGCCGAGCACGCAGGAGACGUUGGCCGAGAAGCUGGACACGGUGGUGCACCCUGGCUGCGGCACCUCGGUCCAUGCGGCCGCACACCACUGGCAGAUGAAGUUCAUCUGCAUGUCGUGCUCGGCGGUGGUCAUGACGCUCGACUCUUACGAAACCAAGAUCCUGGAGAUCCGAGAGGAGAUCAAGCGCAAGUUCGUCGACAUGAUGAAGAUCAGGGCAGAGAAGUACGGCCAGCUGCAGCCGCCGCCGCCGCCGCCGCCCGUGUCGCUGGCACCGACGCUGGUGAAGCGGGAGCCGGGCGACGAGUCGGCUGCGGCGGUGGACGACCCGGCCGGCGAGCGGCCGGAGUGCGAGGUGGAGCUGCACGAGCCGGCGGCCGGCGGCCAAGUGUCGCCGCACGCCGAGCUCACCUGCCCCAUUUGCAACAAACAGUUUCGCAACAAGUACAACCUGAAACGGCAUAGCACCGUGCACGCCGACGUCAAGCCGUUCAGCUGCGAGUUCUGCACGCGCGCCUUCCGCCAGAAGGACCACCUGAAGACGCACACCCGCUCGGGGCCGACGGCGGCGCCGCUGGCGUGCGCGCCCUGCGGCCUCACAUUCCCCUGCUUCACGCUGUUCUCCGAACACCGGCAGCAGUACCACAGCGAUGUGGGCGACAACGCGUGCCGCCACUGCGAGUUUGUGUUCACCACGCCGACCGAGCUGCGGCGCCACUGUCGCCAGGCGCACCCGCACCCGGUGAAACAGGAGUUCCGCUGCUCCGUGUGCGGCCGCGACUUCCCCAACGGCUUCAACUUGCGGCGCCAUCACCUGACGCACUCUGGCGAACGGCCGUUCGGCUGCGACGUGUGCGGCAAGCGCUUCACCCAGCCCUCUAUCCUCAAGAAGCACAACCGCGUACACGAGAAAAAGCUGCCCACCCUGAAGGACCUGAUCACCACCAUGUGAGCCGAUGGUGCGUGCCAGUGUGGGUUCCGGUCUUGCCGCUGCGUGUGCACGUGUUGGUGCGUCCCUUUGCGGGCUGCCUGGCUGGUGUAGAUCGACAGGCAGCAUGGGGGCUUUUAAAGAAAUUAGGCGAGGGAAAAAUGGAGGCAUGUGGAUCCAUUCCCCAGUGAACAAUAUGCCAAAAUGUGCACAUGAUCAGUGACAGACCAUUGUCGAGGUCCCCUUUGUGGAGGUUCCGAACAAUCAGCCACUGCCUCCGACUGAGCGCGAGGGUAGCCGGACCGGGCCCUCUUCUGAAGCUGGGCCGGGACUGUGCGCGCGCUGGUGUGAGUGAGGCCCGGUUGGUGUGCGUGAUGGCAGCUGGUGGCUGCGGUGUGGAGAGUUGUGUACGGGGCACCUGGAGGCUGGGCUGGCGGGCAGAGUGUGGCCGCCGCCGGCCGGGAGGCGCCACUCCCAGGCGCUCGGCUUUUGUACAAAUGCUCGGCUUCGGAUCGGUCGUUUGUAUGGCAUAUUUCACGAUGCGUUUGCAAUCACGAGUGUAGCUAUGUGACUCCACUCCAGUCGUGUCAAUUUUGUGAGCUAGGUUGUGCCCGUUUUCUACAACCACCGAUCUUCGCAUUUGUUCCUCUCCUUUUGAGCUUUUGAGCGUUUUGAGCGCGGGUAACGUAGUCAGACUGCCCCUACCGUCCGCCUUUAAUGGAAGCAAGCUCAUAUUUCUCCUUUUGGGUUUUCAAUGUGAACCGCACCGUCACAUGACCGACCUCCAGGUACAAUUUGGCUAUGUUAGUUCAAAUACCUAUGCAGGGCUGUGCCGGCCGCCGUCGAUGGCCGCUGCGCCGUGUACGCAGUUGUGCUGCCGACCCACUGGUCUGCGUGGGACAGGGGCGCAGCGUGGGCCCGGCCGCCACGCACGCCUCGCUACGUAUGGCGGCAUAUCGACGCUUCACAGUGUGCGCUUACCUGGUUGCCAAAUUUCUUACCAAUACGUCCAGCGCGGUGGGAGGAUCGAGGCGUACGCGUUGUGCAGUGGCUGGCGUUGUUGCCGGGCUCACGCGCCACUCGGGCCGCCGCCACGCUGUCUCACACGCGCCCGUGCGCUGCCGGCGAACAGCAGGCCUGCCUCCGUAAGUGAGCGGGCCUGACCAGUUCACACCAUGGGAGGAGACGCCAGGGUUCUACAGGGAUGCAGGAAGCGGCCGCUGGCGGCGUGCCGUCUUCUCUACCUAAUGAAUGUACAAGUUAUGUGUUGUGUGUGCUGCGGUAGCGGUGUCUGUUCCUAGCAACUCCCUGAAACGUUCCCUGGUUCGAAGAUUCGCAUUUCUGCCUGCAGUUAGACCUUUUACGGCCGCUUUUUAACGUUGGCUUUAUUUUUUAACUUAUUAUGUGUAAGUGUAUGUGCGUAGGUAACAAAGCGUGUUUGGAGCUUAGGCCAUUUGUUAUUGCCAGCCACGUAGAUGGAGACAAUAAAUAGACUACAGACAG